AUGCCUCCUCCACCUUCUUCCCCUACCGACCCUGCCGCCGCUACCGUGGCUGGUAAGACACUUCCGACGCCUACACCAACGUUCGCUUCAGUCCUCUCAGCCGCGCAACCACUAGGGUUUGCAAUUGAUGACCUCCCAGCGCCUACAGUUGUGCAUGGGGUUGCCACAGUUCAAAUUUCGGAAGACUCUUUCCAGCGUGGGUUGGAUCGGUGCAAGACAAUUCUCGUCGGGAAACUCCUCUCGCCACCAAAUGGUGUGAUGCCGAAGGCACCUGAGUUAGCGAAGAGGUUGCGUUUGUUCUGGCAUAACGUUCCAAAUUGGAAGGUUGCCCCACUGGGCAAGGGUUUCUUCUUGCUACAAUUUCAAACCCUUGAUGAUAUGCAGCGCAUUUGGUCAUCGGGCUCUGUUAAUUUAAAUCCGGGAAUCUUGAGGUUAAUCAAAUGGUCGCCGUCGUUCUCUCCGGCAACAUACAGGAACACAUUUGCGCAGAUUUGGGUGCGUUUUUGGCACUUAGGGUUUGCCUACUGGGAUCAACAGACACUUUUUGAAAUCGCGCGGGGUGUUGGUACUCCAAUCAAACUGGAUGAGCGGACUGCCAGCAGGUCUUUGGGUCUCUAUGCAAGAGUGUUGGUUGACGUUGAUCUUUCAAAACCUCUUUGUGAGCAAGUUAGGGUUGUGCGCGCACAUGGAGAGUCGGUGAUUGCCUCAGUUGACUAUGAGUCGGUCCCAGUUCUCUGUCAAGCCUGUGGCAUUGUUGGUCACUCUAUCAACAAGUGCAGGAACAAGAAGGAGCCACCGAGCUGUGAUCAAGGCGGUGAAGCUUCUAAUCCGCAGCCCAGCAAAGCUCAUAGCACAGACAGGCCUGAUGGUGAUCCUAUGGCAGAUACAGUGGAGCCGGUUUUGUCUAACACUGAGGUUGGAGCGGCCUCCUCCUCCACUGUUUCGGUUCCUCCGGGUUUUCAUACCAUCAUUGAACAAAUUCCAUGCAAUGUUCCAGCCCUAGCUCAGAGGACUAACGCGCCAUUAAGUGAAGACAUUGAGAUCACUUCAGCUAGUGCUUUCGAUGUCUCUAACCCGGAGGUCGUUUCUGAAAACUUGAUCAAUGGUACGCUGGAGGAAGAGCCUUUUGUUUUAGUUGAUUCUAUUCCGGUGGCUUUCUGGAGAUCCCUUGGUCUCCGUCUCGUAACUACUAACAACAGGGGAGAAUUGGCUCCAAACCUCUGGUUCUUCUGCCAUGAAGCUAUUGGUAUACAGGUCUUGCAUGUGACUGCUCAGCAAAUCACGGUGUCUUGCUCAUUUGAAGGUGUUCAUGGCAUAUAUACAUGUGUCUACGCUAAAACCACUAUGGCUGGGCGCAGACUCCUCUGGUCAGACUUGUGUUAUGUCAGAGCAAACUGGGUUCUUGGGCCUUGGCUGGUCUUUGGUGAUUUCAAUUGUGUUUUUGGUGCUCAUGAAAAACGGGGAGGAAACACACCUUCUGUAAGAUCCUGCCUAGACUUCCAGCAAAUGUGCAACUCUUUUGCUUUGCUUGACAUUCCCACUAAGGGAUUGGCUUUUACGUGGACGAAUCGUCGCACGGAGGUUCGGUUGGAUAGAGCCCUUGGUAACUUAGAGUGGAUUGAUUCUUGGGCGGUUAUGGAGUGUUGCACCCUCACUAGAGCCACCUCAGAUCAUUGCCCUAUUCUCUUAAGAUGUUCGAAGAUCAGGAAUGCCACUAAGACUCCGUUCCGUUUCCAAAGUUACUGGCUACAACAGCCACACUUUCUGUCUCUGGUUAGAGAUUUUUGGGACACGCUGAAUUUUUUUGGGUGUCCUCAGUUUGUACUGGCUUCCAAACUACGGGCAUUGAAGGUGAUGCUUAAGUCCUGGAGCCGGAACUCUAUUGGGGAUGUUCAUUUAAGGGUUAAAGCUUCUAAACAGACUUUAGAUGCGGUUCAGGAGGAGAUUUCAAGAUUUGGCCCUACAGAGGACAGAUUCUCACGGGAAGACCUGGCCCAUGCAAGGUUUUUAUCUGAUCUUUCUUUGCAAGCUACUUUCCUUCUUGAUCAAUCCCGUAUCCGAUGGUUAAAAGAUGGGGACAGAAAUACCUCUUUUCUUCACAAUAUGGUCAAAAUCAGACGCUUAAACAAAUCGAUCACUUCGCUUUUGGUGAAUCAAGAGGUCAUCAAUGAUGCUUCAGCCAUUGAAGCGCAUGUCGUUCAACACUUUGAUUUAUCUUUCACAAGGGAUACUAACAUAGUGAACACAGGCAUGGUGGAGCGGCUCAUUCCUAAUCUUGUGACUGAGGCUGACAAUGUAGCUCUGCUUUCUAUUCCUACUGGUCAGGAGAUCUUUGAUACUGUCAGAGGCAUGGAUGAGUUCAGUGCUCCGGGGCCUGAUCGUUUCAAUGGUAGUUUUUUCACUUUCUGCUGGCCUGUGGUGGGGCCUGAUGUGGUUUCAGUAGUUCAAGCCUUCUUUCAAAAUGGUUUCAUCAUGCCACACUUUAAUUCAAAUGUUAUUAUUCUUAUUCCCAAGCUGGAGGAGUCCGAAAGCAUUUCUGAUUUCAGGCCUAUUGCCCUAGCCAACUUUGGGUUUAAAAUUAUCACAAAAAUAUUGGCUGAUCGUUUGGGUUCUGUUGCUGCUCGGAUACUCUCUCCAAACCAAAGUGCGUUUAUUAAAGGGCGUACUAUUGUUGAUCCUAUCUCCCAAACCUCAGAGUGUAUGAAUAUGCUGGACCGCAGCUGCAAGUAUGGUAAUGUAGCAAUCAAAUUGGACAUUCGCAAAGCCUUUGAUACUCUGGAUUGGAGCUUCUUAUUGAGAGUUCUAAGGUCUUUUGGUUUCAGCUCUACUUUUGUCGGGUACGUUCAAAAUAUUCUAAAUUUUGCCUUCCUUUCUGUAAGUGUUAAUGGCAAGACUUGUGGUUAUUUUAACUGUUCACGGGGAGUCCGUCAGGGGGACCCCCUUUCACCACUGCUUUUUUGCCUUGCAGAGGAGGUCCUGAGUAGGGGCAUUGACAAUUUGGUUGCGCAUAAUAAAAUUAAGCGCAUAUCAGCCCCUCUGGGAGUUACCCCUCCUUCACAUGUUCUUUUUGCAGACGAUGUCAUGAUUUUUCUACAGGGAGGUUCAAGGCAUUUAAAAAAUUUAAUGUCAUUCAUGGAGGAGUAUGCCAUGAAUUCGGGUCAAGUUGUGAACAAGGCAAAGUCCAGUGUCUAUCUGGGUAAAUUUGCGAUUCCAAUACAACGUCGUAUCAAAAGAAUUCUGGGGGUGAAUAUUGGCAGUCUUCCAUUUACCUACCUGGGGGUACCAAUUUUUAUUGGCAGGGCCAAAUCUGAAUAUUUCCUCCCCAUUGCUGACAAAAUCAGAUGUAAGUUGAGCUCUUGGAAAGGUAAGCAGCUUUCACAGGCAGGUAGGUUGCAACUGAUUUCUUCGGUUAUUCAAAGUCACCUCAUUUACAGUUUCCAAAUUUAUGAGUGGCCACGUGAGUUACUGUUGAAGGUGCAGCGUUGGACUCGUAAUUUUUUCUGGAAUGGGGAUCCUUUGAAAGAUGGUCAUGCUUUGGUGGCCUGGAAAACUUGCUGUAGACUCAAGGAAGAAGGUGGAUUGGGAUUGAAAAACUUAUUUGCACUGAACAAAUCCUUGCUUCUGAAGAGGUGUUGGGAGGUAGUUGAGAGAGGGUCACCUUCUGCUUUGUUAUUGCAUGAAAGAUUCCUCACAGAUGGGCUUCAAUGCAUCACUUCCUACAAAAAGUCAUCCAUUUGGCUCGGUCUCAAGAAAUUAUGGCCCUCACUAAUUGCAAACCUGCAAUGGGUAGUUGGGGAUGGUACCGUGGUGCGGUUAUGGAAGGAUAAUUGGCUGGGUUAUGUGCUUUUAGAGUCUACCAAUUGUGACCCUUUGUUUCAUCCUUUUCUUAAUGACAAAGUGUGUGAUUUUAUUGAAAAUAGUGAGUGGAAAAUUCCAUGGAGUUUUAAGAGGUCUUUCCCUGAGGUGGCUAACGACAUUUCGGUUUUGCCAAUCCCAUCUGAAGAGUGCAUUGAUAGACCGGUAUGGGCUACUGAAAGUUCAGGUACUCUCACCACCAAGGCAGCUUAUGAUUUUCUUUCUAUGCAGCAGCCUAGGCCAACUUGGGCUAAAACAAUUUGGCACCCUGCUAUUCAGCCCCGUAAGAGUUUAGUAGCCUGGAAAAUUAUGCUGGGAAAGAUUCCAACUGAUGUGCAAAUGCAGCGACGAGGCAGGGUCCUUUGCUCUCGGUGCCACUUAUGCACGGCGGCGACAGAAUCGCUGCAUCACCUUUUUGUGAACUGUUCAGCAGCUGCUGGAAUAUGGGAUUGGAUCUUCCCACUAUUCAGGCUUCACUUCAAUCCAGCCUAUGAGACCAGGGAGUUUUUUCAUGAGAAUUUAAUUUCUACCUUCUCUGUCUCCACUAAGCUGCUAUGGUUUUUAUCAGUUUGCAAUAUUUUUUGGUGUGUCUGGACUGAGAGAAAUAGUCUCAAGCAUGAUGGGGGGGUUUUCGAGCCCAACAGGUUUAAACAAAAGGUGAUUCUUUCAAUUGGUGAAUCUGCUAGAUUAAUCUUUAGCUCUUCCUCUGUUCCACAAUCUGUUCCAAUUUUUGGGUUUUUAGGUUUGUCUCAACUGCGGCCUACGGCUCCAAAAAUUAUCCAGGUAAUGUGGUACCCCCCUCCUCCUCUUUGGGUUAAAGUAAAUACAGAUGGAUCAUACCAUGAUCAGCUUCAGGCAGGGUGUGGAGGUGUUUUUAGGGGUCGUGAGGCAUCCUUUUUAGGUGCUUUUACUAAAAAGGUAAUUGUCCCUUGUGCUCUUGACGCAGAGUUGAUUGCUGUAAUUGAGGCGAUUCGCCUGGCUUGUUUGAAAGGGUGGUUGAAUUUGUGGGUGGAGGUGGAUUCUUUGAUACUGCUCAGUUUUGUUAAUGAUCCUCUUAAGGUUCCUUGGCGUCUGCGCACACAAUGGAGGAACUGUUUGCAUUUGUCUAGACAGUUGAAUAUUCAUUUUUCACACAUAUAUAGGGAGGGGAAUUCAGUGGCUGAUAAGCUUGCUAAUUAUGGAGCCUUGCAUGGAGAUUUUGUCUGGUGGGAGGUGGUGCCUCAGUUCCUGCAUUCGGCUCUGGGUGGUGAUUUCUCUGGUCGCCCAUCAUAUCGAUUUGCUUAA